AUGCGACUCGCCUCAAGCUACAACGUCCGCAUGUUCUGGCAACCAUCUCAACGCGGAGUCUUCGUCAAGCCACCCUGGAACGGUCCUCUGCUUGAUUCCACCUCGCUGCUUCCUACUUCUUCCUCGGCCGCCUUGACUAGUGCUCUGCUUGCACCGGACCCUUCCUUUCACAUGACCGUGGAUUGGCAACUCUUUCCUACUUUAGACUCACAAUAUCUGGACCAUGACACACAACUGCUUCCUGGCGACUCCACUCCCCUCACUCUCGCCGAGGCACAUACAAACAUGUUUGCCGUGUCGUCUGGCACGGGAAUCACAAACAAUAUGAAUACGUCUGUGCCAAUGAUGAGAGACUUCUCCCACUCCGCUUCUUCCUCCACAAGUCCCAAGGACCGGAGCUCGUCAUCUCCUGAGCACUCUUAUUCUUCCAAAUUGUCAUCUACAAAGGACAGCCCCCUAGCACCUGAACCUUCCUUUCGCGUUGAAAAGCGUAAAGCCAAUACGCUCGCUGCCCGUCGCUACCGCCAAAAGCGUGUCGAUCAAAUGAGCACUCUCGAAACCGAACUCAAGCAAGUCAAAGCCGAACGAGAUGAGCUCAAAGUCCGCAACGCCAGGCUCGAAGGCGAGGUGGAGACGCUUCGUGCUCUGCUUUGCGCUAAGAAGUAAACAUGUGCUAAACUGUCAGCACCUGACAGCUUCUCUUGUCUCUUUCGAGUUUCAACUGGGUCAUCCUCUCAGACGAUGUCGGAAUUAGAACGAUCAUGGCACGGUAGUGCUCAUUUCGGCAAAAUGGGUGUUGUAAUCUCAGGAGGGGCUUGCAUGGAAACGGUCAUGGGCACUCACACGCUCGGUCAGGUCAUGUUGAAGCAUCUCGAUAUGUGUUUCACGAAUGCUACAUAAUUU